AUGGCUGACGCGGCGGCGCAGGACACCACCGAGCAGCAGCUGCUCCACCUGAAGCUCGCGUUCCUCGCUGGGGAGCCUCCCGCCUGCGUGCUCGCACUCGCCAGAGAAGCUGGGGGAGGUUCUAUCACACCACAUGUCCAAAAAAUUAUUUUGGAGACUUGCACUGGCUCAAACGUAGAGAGAUGCCAAGACUAUACUUAUACAACAGUUAUUUUUAAAAAGAUUAUAUCUGAGGUUGAAUUAUCUUCAAAUGUUGUGAUUGAUGAACUUUAUGAGGAAUUUGCUCAACGUAUGUUGUAUAAAGCAAAAGAUUCAUUAUUAAACAAGACAGAUCAUAUUUAUAAAGAAAUAUCUUUUCUCUCUUCUACACAUAAUAACAUUUCUUCAAAGCUUGUAAGUGUUGUUGCUCGACUAUCAUGUUCUUCUAAUAUGCUUGAAGGUGAUACAGGGUGUUCUCUUUGGCCAUCAAGUCUAUUCUUGUCUGAAUUUAUUCUUUCAUACCCUAAAAUUUUCUCCACAAAGUGUUGCUUUGAGCUAGGUUCUGGUGUCGGUUUGGUGGGCAUUUGUCUUAAUUCUGUCGGUGCCUCUAAGGUUAUUCUUACUGAUGGUGACCCAUGUACACUCAGAAACAUGAAGGAAAAUAUGGAACUGAAUAACUUAUGCAUUGAGCAGGAAGAUUCUAAAGUGCUAAAAGAAAGCAAUAAUAAGGUAGAGUGCAAAUAUCUUUCUUGGGAAGAAGUGUCUGAAAGCGAUUUACAGGGCUACCAGCCAGACAUAGUGAAGAGUGAGUUCAUAGAGGAAAUCCAAACCUUGGUACAGAGCUCAGACUUACCUAUUUUGCUUGGUGGUGACUUCAAUUUGGUAAGGAAGAUUGAGGAAAAGUCUUCAGGAAAUGUUGAUCUUUAUAUGAUGGAUGCUUUCAAUGAAAUGAUCAAUGUAACUGAGCUCAGAGAAAUACAAAGGACUGACAGUCGAUUUACUUGGUCAAAUAAACAAACUCCACCCAUCAUAGAGUGGGUAAUAGACAAAUGGCCUAUCAGAUACAAGUUUGAUAUUUUGGAUCAUUGGCACAUCUUAUCAGGCAAGCUUAGAAGAGCUAUUAAGGGUUGGGGUCAAAACUUGGAUAGUCAUCAAAGAAGAGCUAAGCAGGAUUUAAUGUCCAGAAUUGACCUGGAUGAAUGGAGUGACAGUAGAGAUUUAUCACUAGCUGAAUGGGAAGAGAGAUAUAUUUUAGACAUGUCCCUUCAACACAUUUUGACUGAUGAGGAAAUUCAAUGGCUGAGAAGAGGUGGUGAGAAGUGGUUACUACAAGGCGAUUCCAUUUCCAAUUAUUUCCAUAAGUGUGCUAAUGGAAGGAAGAGGAAAAUGCAGGUUACUAUGCUGGAAAUUGAUGGUCAAGAGGAGAUAGAUCCAAAUUGUCUGAAAGACCACAUAACUGAUUAUUACAAACAACUUUUUGGCCGAGCUGAAGUGGCACAGAUGCAGUUGGACCCUGAUCUAUGGCCUGUCAACCAGUAA